AUGUUCUACUCCGCGGAAAUCCUCUCCAAACGAGGCCCUCUGGGGACAAUCUGGCUCGCCGCGCACAUGGACCGAAAGCUGAACAAAGACACCAUCACCAAGCAAGACAUCAUCCAAGCCGUGCAAACGAUCAUAAACCCGGACGCCCCAAUCGCGUUGAGAACGAGCGGACAACUCAUGCUCGGGGUGGUGAAAGUGUACGACAGGAAAAUGAACUAUCUCUUCCACGACUGCUCGGAAGCGCUGGCGAAAGCGAAACAGGUGUUUCGAAGAGAUUCUCAAGGACAGGUGGAUUUAGACCCGGAAUCCGCGAUCGCGGAGGAGAGGACGAUCACGUUGCCGGAGAAUUACGACGAUUUGGAGAUGUAUUACGACCCGAACGCCAAGUACGGAGUCAUGAUGGAAGAUUUAGGCGAGGACGGGGAGCACGUGAGGUUAGCACUCAGAGUGGACAGACAGUCGAUCACGUUAAUGGACGAGUUCGAAGAGGACGAGUUCGAGACGGAGUUUCAAAGAGCGGCGGAAGAGAGAGAAUUGGCGGUGGCGGAGGGCGAGGAAGGCGCGGAUUUGUACGACGCGGUGUAUAACAACGAGGACGGGGACGGGAUGAGGACGAAUCCAGACGCGAGAGCAGCGUUGCAAGGAAAUGCUGCGGAUAUGGACGAAGAGUUUGGGAUGGGAUACAACGCGGGUGGUGGUAAUGAUGAUGAUGACGACGAUAUGGAGGACGCGCAGCCGUUGCCGUUGGACGAGGACGCGAGGAAAGAGUUGGAAGGGGCUAUUUUAGGCGACGUCAACGUGAACGCGCAAAGGCUAGAGCAAGAGAAAGGACAAGAACAACAACAACAAGAGAAGAGGGUCGUGUUGUUUGGUGCGAAUCCGUACCAAACGCCCGGUUCAGAAAACGAUCCACAACAAGCCAAAGAGUUUGUGUUUGGGAAAACUGCGCAAAAGUCUCGCGCCGGCCCAAACGCGAAAAGACGAAGAGUGGAAAGAGUCAUCGUCUUUGAUCGAAUCACGUCGUUGACGAACGAUCAAAUUCGUCACCAGUUGCAAGAUACGAGCGAUAUCGUGUGCGCCCGUGGAGCGAACAGAGGUCCACCGGUUCAAAUUCCUCGAGCUUGCGCGGCGGAGGAGAGGUGUUUACCGGGCGAAGUGCAUCCGAAGUUAGCGGCUAUUUACGCCAGAAACGCGCAAUCGUGCUGGGUGAACUUUGAAAGUCAACCGACGACGCCAAACGCGACGAAGGAUGGCUUGAAGAAGGAUUUGUUCGGUGGAAACGUAGAAAACGACGACGACGACGACUUUGGAGGAGGAGGAGGAGGCGCGGAUGGCUUUGACGACGAUGACGACUUCAACAACAAUAACAACGACAACAUGGAUACGCCUAGAAAAGGAUUCAGCUUAGACGGCGACGAUAAUUACGAUAAAGCGGAAGAAAGUGGCGAUAAAGCCAUGGAUUGGUCGGUUGGAUCGAAGAAAAUGCUCGACCAUUUGAGCGCGCAGUUUGAUAAAACCGACUCGAACGAGCUCAGCUUAGAAGAACAAGUCAGAGGCAAAACGAGAGCGGACGCGGCGAAGAUGUUUUACCAAGUGUUGGUAUUACGUACGCACGGGUAUUUAGACGUGGAGCAAGAGGAGCCGUACGCGGACGUCAAGAUGAAACCAGGUUUGCUCUUAGAAGAACGCAUGAAAGAGCGAGAAGCGUUGUAA